AUGACUUUACGCAAGUUCGCACUGGACUACUCGCAUGGCUGCACCGUCGAGGAGCUGCGCGAGUUCUAUCGUCAGCGCACUGGCAAUCUCCGCCGCGAGAUGGGCCGCAGCAAGUGCAUCCGCAAGCUCCGAAAGCUCGAUUCUGAGCAGACCUUCCGCUUCCUCGACCUCAUUCCAGGCGCUUCCUCGGCGUCUCCCGCUCUUCUGGCCGUGAACAAGCAGAUCAACUCCGAGGCUCGCGAGUGCCUCAUCUCCAACAGCACCGCCACAUACCUGCCGGAGUCAACCUUGUUCUUCGACUACGGCGAGGUAAAGUACCCAGCAACGAUAUCUCGGAUCACAGUCUUUCUGCCCAUGACUUUGAAGCUGGCGCGGUGCUAUGGCGAGCAGCUACCCCGGAAGUAUCAAGACUGGCUCUCCCAUGUCAUACGCGCGCACCGCGAAAUCCAGACCCUCAAGUUCGUACUCCUGGGCGACCAGAGGAUUCCAGAUCAGGAGAUGCAGGAACAGAUUUUGGAGUGUCUCGGCCCGUACAUGGACGACCAGGCCGACGACAGGACUAUCCUCGAGCUGGUCGGGUUUGGCAAUCUUGAGUACAUGUGGAACGAGGAACGUGAUCUGGCGAAGCAGUGGGAUGUCGCCCACUUCCGCUUUCACAUGCGCGCGCUUUCCUUUGUUUGUUUGGUCGCGUCCGCCCAGCUUCGCUUUUGUCAUUGUGCUCCAGCAUCGCGGCCCACGAUGGCUCGCGCCAAUCAACCAACCUAUGACUUCCUUUCUGGAGGCGAGAUGCUGCCACCAGCACGACCAGCACUACGCGAAAGCAUGAAGCAGUCCACCGCUUCCCGCGCAGACGUCGGCACCGAGGACCUCCGAGCACAACUGCGAACGGCACAAUACGAACUGGACUCGAUCAAACAGGAGCGCGAAUUAUAUGAACUGCACCAGCAGCAGGAGCUUCGAGAAGCGCAGAAUCGAGCGGAGGCUGAUUAUAAGCGAGCUGUGUCAGCGGAGAGUGCGAGAGAUGCAGCAGUGAAAAAGGCGGAAGCAAUUGCACGGGAUUUCCAGGACACUCAGGACCGGGCUGCGAACGAGAAACUACAGCUGGAGAAAAAGGUGCGGUCAUUACAGGACGACAACCGCUCGUUGCGUGACGAUCUCGAGGAGGCCAAGGCGGACCUGGAGUCACAGGACAGGCAAGGGAAGCAUGCCUUCAGUGAGCUGGAGUCAAAGUACUCCUCACUUCAGGCGUCAGUCGAGGACAUUCAGCAAGAUCUCAGCGGGAAGGUGACGGCCCUGCAGACCGUGCAACAGAAGCUGGUGCGGAAAGAGGCAGAGGUUGGAGAGCUGGAGAAUGAAGUCCUACGGCUGAAGGCACAGACUGGAGACUCCGAUACACUUGCGGUUAUCAAGAAGGAGCUCACGGAGCAGGUGGCUUACAUCAAGAAGCUGGAGACAUCGAAUCGGGAAUACUCGGCGGAGAUCAAGCAAUUCCGCAAGGUGCAGAAGGGGAUCGAAGUAGUGGAAGAGGAGAAGCGAGCGUUGGAGGCCAAAGUCCGUAUGAUGGACGAUCUGCGGAAAGAGCUCGCGGAGGCACAGUUGCAGAAGAGAAUUCUCGAAGAUGAAAAGCAAGGCUGGUCUAGCUACCUCGAGACUGAGGCUCCGGGAGAGGACGAUUUACGAUACGACACGCCGGAGCAAAUGGCCAAAGCCUUGCUGAAGGAGCGAUUGGAGAAGUUAGAGCUGCUGGACAAGCUUGGAACGAUACACCCGAAGCUAUUAGAGAAAGACAAUAGCAUCAGCAAACUCGAGGCUGAGAAAGCCCGCCUUAUGGAGGAACUUGACACGGCGCGGAAAGCACGGACAGAGCCUGUCAUAGCGAAGGACACAUCUGCAGCAGAUGCAAAGAUCAGAGCUCGCCUAGAGCGUGCGAGAAAUCUUGCUGUUAAAGAAGUGGAACUUCUUCGCGCACAAGUGAGGGCGAUUGAAGCAGAGGAAGCGGAGUUCACUCCCGAGCAGAUGGAUGAAGAGCGGACUAAGCGCAUCCACGAGCUCGAAGACAUGCUUGAUCAGUAUCGUACUGAAGUCGCGACACUGCAAGCCGACCUCUCGAAGGCAGAACCCCUGCCUGCGCCUGUCAAGUCACCGCUCAAAAGGCCGAGAGAAGACGACGAUGCCAACGAUGAGCGACUGGGCGAAUUGCGCCGCAAGACUCGCACUCUCCAAGGCGAUCUCGACAAGCUGCAGUCAAGAAAUCAACUGCUCGAAGCCGAGCUCAAAGCCAGUCUUUCGCAAAUCACCACGCUGAAAUCCUCCUCUCGCACCCGUGUCCUCGAACUUCGGUCCAACCCGACAGCGGAUGUCGAAGCAAUCAAGCUCUCUACUCUCACCACACUCCGCGCUGAGAACGCCGCAUUGCUCUCGCAACUGGAAGGCAGCGGCCACACAACCAAAGUGGUCCCCGUCAGCACUCUCGACAACUACCGCAACCAGCUGGACGAUGUCAAAGCUCAGCUCGCGCAGGCAGAGAAGAAGACUCUCCGUCUCAAGCAGAUAUUCUCGGCGAAAUCACUCGAAUUCCGAGAAGCAGUCUGCAGUAUCCUUGGCUGGAAGCUCGACUUUAUGCCGAACGGACGUGUCAAGGCCACUUCGAUCCUCCACCCGACAUCGCAUAUCAUCGGCGAAGAUGGCGAGGCGGAGGAAAUGGAGAAUAGCAUCGUCUUCGAUGGAGAGAACGGCACGAUGAAAGUCAGUGGCGGCGUGGAGAGUGUCUUUGCGGGCGAGCUGAGGGCGAACAUCGAGUUCUGGGUCGAGGGCAGGAGGGAGAUUCCGUGCUUUCUGGCGGCUUGUACGCUGGACUUCUGGGAGAAGAAGAGGGGAACGAUGAAAAUCUGA